AUGGACGACUCGACCGACCCGACGGAACCGACGGGGAGCGCCGCCCAGGCUAGCGGUGGCCGCGCCGACGACCCCGCGCCAGCGAAGCCCCCUGCUGCUCCUGCUCCGCUGUCGCGCUGGUCGCUGCGUCGCGAGCCAUUCGCUGCCGCCGCCGUCCUGCCAGCUGGGCCGCCGGAACCGGCAGCGGUUGGGCCAGCGGUUGGGCGAGCUUCUCGUCCUCCCGCCUCUGCACCACCACCGCCCGGCACCAACCACGCACCGUCAUCAUCGCCGUCGGCAUCGCGCCUCCCCCCCAUCGUCGCUCCCUCCUCCCGCCCGCGCCUCGAGACGACCCGGAGCACCAUUCCGUCCGCUGCCCCGACCAUGGCGGCGACGACCGAAUCCCCCACGCCCCCCGGCCCACUCGACAGGGAGCAGCGGCAGGGCCUGAAAGCCAUCCGCGACUUCCUCAAGGUCCGCACGAGCUACGACGUUUUGCCCCUCUCCUUCCGCCUCAUCGUCCUCGACACCGAUCUGCUCAUCAAGAAGAGCCUCAACAUCUUGAUUCAAAACUCCAUCGUCUCCGCUCCCCUCUGGGACUCGGCCACGUCCCGCUUCGCCGGCAUACUGACGUCGACCGACUUCAUGAACGUCAUCCAGUACUACUGCCAGUUUCCCGACGAGAUCAGCAAGCUCGACCAGUUCCGCCUGAGCAGCCUCCGAGACAUCGAAAAGGCCAUCGGCGCCAUCCCCAUCGAGACCGUCUCCGUCCAUCCCUGCCAGCCCCUCUACGAGGCCUGCCGUCGCAUGCUCAAGACGCGCGCGCGCCGCAUCCCCCUCGUCGACGUCGACGACGAGACGGGGCGCGACACGGUCAUCUCCGUUAUCACCCAGUACCGCAUCCUCAAGUUCAUCGCCGUCAACAACGAGCAGCACACCGUCAUGCUCAAGCGCUGCGUCCGCGAGAUCAACCUCGGCACCUACGAGAACCUGGCCACGGCCCGCAUGAACGACACCGUCCUCGACGCCAUCCACAUGAUGGUCGACCGCAACAUCAGCUGCAUCCCCGUCGUCGACGCCGAGAACAGGGUCCUCAACGCCUUCGAGGCCGUCGACGUCAUCCCCUGCAUCAAGGGCGGCGCCUACGAGGAGCUCGACGACACCAUCGGCGAGGCCCUCUGCAGGAGACCCGACGACAGCCCCGGCGUCUACACCUGCGGCGAGGGCGACCGGCUCGACUCGCUCUUCGACACCAUACGCAAGAGCCGGGUCCACAGGCUGGUCGUCGUCGACGACGACAACAGGCUCAAGGGCGUCAUCUCGCUCUCCGACAUUCUCAAGUACGUCCUCUUGGAGGGCGAGGAGGAUGCGGGACAUCGGCCGUAG